AUGUCUCACCCACAAGACCAACUCCACGCCUCAUCCCUCUCGGACCCAGAGUCCUUCUGGGCCGAGCAGGCCUCGCACCUGCACUGGCACAAGAAGCCCUCCACGGUCCUGCGCAGGUACACCAAGGCCCUGCCCAAGUCGCACAAGGCCCACGACCACUGGGAGUGGUUCCCCGACGGCGAGAUCUCGACCUGCUACAACUGCGUCGACCGCCACGUCGCCGCCGGCCACGGCGACGAGCCCGCCAUCCUGUACGACAGCCCCGUGGCGGGCCGGGGGGGCACCAAGCAGCGCAUCAGCUACGCGGAGCUGCUGGCCGACGUGGCCGCGCUGGCCGCCGUCCUGCGGGCCGAGGGCGUGCGGAGGGGCGACACCGUCCUCGUCUACAUGCCCAUGAUCCCCGCCGCGCUGGCCGGGCUGCUGGCCGUCUCGCGGCUCGGCGCCAUCCACGCCGUCGUGUUUGGCGGCUUCGCACCCGCCGCGCUGGCGCAGCGCAUCGACGCGUCGCGGCCGAGGGCCAUCCUGACCGCGUCCUGCGGCAUCGACGGGAACAAGCCGCCGAUCCCGUACCGGGACUACAUCGUCGAGGCGGAGAGGCUGGCGGCGUGGAAGACGCCCAGGACGAUCGUCUGGCAGCGCGAGCAGCUGGCUUGGCACCCGCUUGUCCGGGAGAAGGGGGAAAGGAACUGGAACCGGCUUGUGAGGAGCGCGAAGAUGAGGGGGCAGAGGGUUGACGAGUGCGUCCCUGUGAAGGGGAGCGAUGGGGUCUAUACACUUUACGGUCCUCUACUCGUCGGGGCCGCCACGGUCCUAUACGAGGGCAAGCCAGUUGGCACCCCUGACCCUAGUUCAUUCUGGCGAAUGCUCGAGGAGUACAAAGUCAAUGCCAUGUUUACGGCGCCCACCGCGCUUCGCGCCAUACGCAAGGAUGACCCGGAGAACAAACAUAUCACCAAAAUCGGUGAGAGAGGAGGGUUGAGAUCCCUCAGGGCGAUGUUCCUCGCAGGAGAGCGAUCCGAACCAGCCAUCAUCACCAUGUAUCAGAAGCUGCUGGGCAAGUAUGGCGACGAUAAGUUGGGUGGUGCGAAGGUCAUCGAUAACUGGUGGUCUUCUGAGUCUGGCUCGCCCAUGACAGGGAUUUCAAUGACUCCUCAUGUUGUCAACAAGCUUGAGGCAAAAGAGCCACUGGCUAUCAAGCCUGGUAGUGCUGGAAAGCCGAUGCCCGGGUUUGACGUGCGAGUGGUGGACGAUGAAGGUAAUGAGCUGGGGAAGGGCAAGAUGGGCAAUAUUGUUCUCAAGACUCCCCUGGCCCCGACUGCGUUCAGGACACUGUGGGAGGAUGAGGAGCGGUUUUAUGGCGGAUAUUUAAAGAGGUUCAACGGGAAGUGGCUGGACACUGGUGAUGCUGGUAUUGUGGACCAAGAUGGUUACAUCCAUAUUAUGGCCAGGUCUGACGACAUCAUCAACGUGGCUGCCCAUCGCUUAAGCACUGGCACGCUGGAGCAAGCGAUCACUUCCCAUCCCCAAGUGACCGAGGCAUGCGUAGUUGGUAUCCCCGACUCCAUGAAAGGCCAGCUACCGUUUGCCUUCGUCCUCAGCUCAUCAUCCAGCACUCUCGACGACAACCAGCUGCUUUCUGAGAUACAAAAGCUCGUCCGCACCCAAGUAGGCCCCAUCGCCUCACUUGGUGGCAUGAUCAGGACCACUUCGGCUGCAAAACCCAUCAUCCCCAAGACGAGGUCAGGCAAGACCCUACGGAGGGUUCUGCGUGAGCUGCUCGAGAACGCCGUCCACGGCGAGUUUGACAAGAACGUCAACGUGCCCAGUACCGUUGAGGACGCUGGUGUUGUUGACGCGGCCAAGGGCGCUAUCCGGCAGUACUUUGAGGAGAAAGGCGAGGCGCAUCGCGCUAUUGAGGGGCGGCCGAAGCUCUGAAGUUUUGAAUUGGUUUUCACAUCUCUUGCCUUCUCAACGCCAAGGUUCCCUCGGCUUUGCGGUAUCUUGCGUUUGCAACUGCCAAACUUUGCCAACCUCUACCAGUAUCACAGUUCAUGACACUCUCGCAUCUCAGGCGCCACUCAGCUUGACCUGUGCCUACUCAUCACCGAAGUCUCCAUUCUCG